CACAGCUGCUCCGUAAACGUACAAAAUUCGUUCGGCUCGUGUGCGUGUUCCACAACAACAUUCCUGUUGCCAAAUUUAACGAAAUCUGUUGAACCAAAAAUUUUUCAAUUCGUCUAUUGAAUUUGCUUAUUGGUCGGCCGCAGCUCGUCACUGGACUCACCUACAUACAUACAUACAUACAUACUCACCGCAUAUACUCGGUAUAUAUGCUAGUAGUAUUUCAGUAUUGUUGUUCGAUUGUUCGAUUGCGUCCGUUAUAUGAAUGCCGCUUUGCUUUGUAAUACUUAUUGUUCCUGUUUUGUUAUUGUUUUUGUUAUUGUCUCGUAUUCGUGCGCGUUAAUCGCUGACGCUUCGUCGAUCUCGUCUAAGCUGCUGCUGUUGAGUGUUGCUCUUUAGCUCGUUGGCUUUAGCUCCGCUUUUGGCCUAACGCCUGACGGACUAUCAGUGCUGCAGUGGAUUUUUCGGCUGCGGGGUCUACUACUUUUGCACUGCAUUGCAUAAAAAGUAGUUCAGUGAAGUGAACGGCUUCAGCAAGUGAGUGUCGCGCGUGAAUGCAUCCGAAUCGCGGAGUUUAUGGGCGAAGCAGAGUAUUUGAAUUUAACGGUAUUCUAGUAAGCAACUGACUAACGCAGGCGUACUAAGUGGUGCGUGUAAAAAUUUGUGUGCAAUUUCGAUAAUAAUUAUUUUGUAAUAAUUAUUUCGGGUCACAAACGCUACAACACCAGAUAGAAAAUAAACAACUAUAAUAAAUUAAUUGGAUUAACAUAUUUAUAACGAUGACGUCUACACCAACACCACUACGCCGCCUCGUAGCUGCUUCGGCGCUGCUAUUGCUUUUCAGCCACGUUAAUGCUAACGGUUAUCAUUAUGGACCACCAACGGCACCAUCAGCACCGGCACGUCCUCCCAGUAAUUCAGGUCAUUACUUCGGACCCAUCCCUACUACAGUGCCACUACCACCGAUACCAGCUCUGCCAGCUCUACCCACUGGUCGGCCACGUGUACAGCAUUUCCUGCCAGGUCCGCCUCCCACACGCACGCAAACGCAGACAAUCGUCCAAGUGCAUCCCGGUUCAUCUGCGGCACCACGUCCAGCGCCGCCUCAACAACUACCUCCGUCCGGUCCUUACAAUUCGUUCGGUGGUAACUUCGGUGAGCGCUUACCAGCACAAGCACAACAAGGUGGUGGCUAUCAUUAUGGACCUCCUACCGCAUCAGCGCCCUCUGCACCAUCAGGCCCUGGCGGUUUUCCACAGGGUCCACUCCAACCACAACCUGUACGUGUGCCAUUCGGUCAACAACCGAUUUACAAAAUUGGCAACGAUCUCGGUCCCGACGGUGAUUUCUACGUGGUCAAUGGACGUCAGUUGAAGCAAUACGCCGUGGUGGAAUUUGUCGACAACGAUAUCUCACAGGACACCAAACCGUUUCUCACACAAUCGUUCGUGAAUAAUUAUCGCGCACUCGUAGGCGCUUCUGGCACCGGCGCUAUUGCACCACUACCCUCGGCCAUGCAAUUGGAUUCCGCGGCAAAUGCGAUUUUACGUGAGCAGCAACGACUCGCCUUCAGAGGUGCCACCGCAAGUGGUGACACGAUCGCUUUAGGUUCGGGCGGCAUCGGUUAUGUGCGUCUGCCCGAUGGCAGCAUAACUUUAGGUUCGGGCUCGCUAAACUUCGUAACUGGCCAACAACAUUUGUCCGAGCUGCGGAAUGCGCGUACACGCUCCGAGUCACAACGCGAUCCACUACAUUUCGGUCAUGGCCCAUUGGAGGAUCCUGCUAUACAAGUGAAUGGAGUGUUAAAUAAUGGCUUCUUCUGAGACUUUUUCUGUUGCCUUAAGUACAUAUUUGUUUCAUGUCACUCACUCGCUUGUAUCUAAGAAAUUUAAAAUUUAUUUUUUUAUGAUUUUUGUUUAAACGCUGAUUUUGUUCUCUUUUGUAAAAUAUUGCUGCCAACUUUAGUUUUAAGUUAUUGAAGAGGAAUAAGCAAGCUCAAAUAACUGUAUAUAUGUAAAUUUGCAUAAAUAUUUUGUAUUUGCAAUGCAUAUACGAAUUAAUUGACCUACGAAGCUUAUGUACACACUAAUGUAUAUAUACAUACUA